AUGACAGCUCCCAUGUAUAUUGCAGAGAUAGCCCCGCCUAAAAGCCGUGGUAAACUGGUGUCCUAUUAUCAGCUGGCCAUUGUAUUGGGUUUCUUCCUGGUUUUUGUAGCUACUUAUUUUAUCGGAGGGGGAAACACGGCUAAGUUAAGUCCCGGAGAACUGGAAGCUAUACACACCUAUAAUGUGGAAGAAGGCUGGCGCAUUAUGUUCUGGUCUGAACUUAUACCCGCAUCGCUCUUCUUCCUGUUGCUGUUCUUUGUGCCCAACUCUCCCCGUUGGCUGAUGAUUAAAGGCCGUGAUGAGGAUGCUAAAAAAGUGCUCGCCCGAAUAACUGUUAGCCCGGAGGAAGCGGAGCGCGAAUACAAUGAAAUUCACAAGUCUAUACACGAAAAGAAAGAACUCCAGAAAGUUUCGGUCUUUUCCAAAAGUGUGCGCAAGAUCCUUUUGAUCGGUAUCGCUCUUUCGGUAUUGCAGCAGGUUACCGGUAUUAACGCUAUUCUUUAUUACGGUGCAGAGAUCUUCAGUAACGCACUGGGCUAUGGCCCUGAAGAUGCUCUGAAGCAACAGGUAUUGCUGGGUGCCGUAAACCUGGUGUUCACUUUUGAACCAGCCACUGAAGAACCGGAGGAAAGCCAAAAGCCCAACAUCAUUUUUAUCAUGACCGAUGAUCAUGCCUACCAGGCCAUUAGCGCCUAUAAUCAAGGUUUGAUCGAAACGCCCAAUAUUGACCGCCUGGCCCGUGAGGGUAUGCUUUUUCAGAGAGGGUUUGUAACUAAUUCCAUAUGUGCACCCAGCCGUGCAGUGGCCCUCACCGGAAAGUUCAGCCACGUGAAUGGCCUCAAAGACAAUCUGGAUACUUUUGACAGCACGCAGGUGUUGCCCGACCAGGGACAAUACUAUCACCCGGAGUUCCGUACCAAAAACGGUAUGGUUAAGGAGCAGGGUUACGUAACGGAUGUGGUGACGGAUAUCUCCAUGCAAUGGCUGGAUUCGGUACGUCAGGGUGACGAACCCUUUUUACUGAUGUACCAGCACAAAGCCCCGCAUCGUGAAUGGUGGCCCAACUUACCGGAUAUUGAAGAAUUUACCGGCAAGGAGUUUCCCGAGCCGGCCACUUUGUUUGAUGACUAUGAAGGUCGCGGACGGGCCGCUAAAGAAACCGAAAUGACCAUCCAUACCCACAUGGCGCUGAGCAGCGAUAACAAGGUCCACCCGGACAUCGUAAAUAAGCUGGGUUACAAAUCAUUCAUGAACUGGUACCAGCGCAUUCACCUGGAGCAGUACAACCGCCUGAGUGACGAAGAAAAGGCCAAAUGGGAUAAAUACUACGGCCCCAUCAAUAAAGAUUUUGAAAAGCUGGCGCCCCAGGGGAAGGAGCUUACCCAAUGGAAAUACCAGCGCUAUAUGCAGGAUUACCUGGGCACCAUUCGAUCGGUAGAUGAUAAUGUGGGCCGCUUGCUGGAAUACCUGGACAGCACCGGACUGGCAGAAAACACCAUUGUAGUGUACACUUCCGAUCAGGGGUUUUACCUGGGUGAGCACGGCUGGUUUGACAAGCGCUUUAUGUAUGAAGAGUCUUUCCGCACACCUUUAAUUGUACGCUGGCCCGGUAAGAUCAAAGCCGGAACGGUGGACAAACACCUGGUGCAAAACCUGGACUUUGCCCCUACCUUUUUGGAUGCAGCCGGAGUGAACGUACCUGAAGAUAUGCAGGGCCGUAGCCUGCUGCCGGUUUUUGCUGAGGAAGCUGACGACUGGCGCGAUGGCCUGUACUAUCAUUAUUAUGAAUAUCCCGGUUUCCACAUGGUGAAGCGCCAUUACGGAGUGCGUACCGAUCGCUACAAGCUUAUUCAUUUCUAUUACGACAUUGACGAGUGGGAACUGUACGAUCUGGAGAAAGAUCCGCAGGAAAUGAAAAACCAGUAUGAUAACCCUGAGUAUGCCGACAUCCAAAAGAAACUGCACGGACAACUCAGUGAGUUGCGUGAACAGUAUAUGGAUAAUGAUUCCGUAACACAGGCCAUGCUCAAUGCGGAUAUUGAACGUGCCAAACGCAAGUCCAUCUACAGUAAAUAA